AUGUCCCCCCACCCCCCAUGUCCCCAGUGUCCCCAAUGUCCCCAAUGUCCCAAUGUCCCCAAUGUCCCCAAUGUCCCAAUGUCCCCAAUGUCCCCAAUGUCCCCAGUGCCCCAAUGUCCCCAUUAUCCCCAGUGUCCCCAAUGUCCCAAUGUCCCCAAUGUCCCCAUUAUCCCCAAUGUCCCCAGUGCCCAUUGUCCCCAAUGUCCCCAUUAUCCCCAAUGUCCCCAUGUCCCCAAAGUCCCCAAUGUCCCCAUUGUCCCCAAUGUCCCAAUGUCCCCAAUGUCCCCAUUAUCCCCAAUGUCCCCAUGUCCCCAUGUCCCAAUGUCCCCAAUGUCCCCAAUCUCCCCCCAUUAUCCCAAUUGUCCCCAUGUCCCCAUUAUCCCCAAUGUCCCCAAUGUCCCCAUUGUCCCCAAUGUCCCCAAUGUCCCCAUUAUCCCCAAUGUCCCCAAUGUCCCCAUUAUCCCCAAUGUCCCCAGUGCCCCAAUGUUCCCAAUGUCCCCAGUGCCCCAAGGUCCCCAAUGCCCCUGCAGUGUCCCCGAUGUCCCCCCAUGUCCCCAAUGUCCCCGAUAUCCCCCAUGUCCCCAAUGUCCCCAUGUCCCCAAUGUCCCCAAUGUCCCCGAUUCCCCAAUGUCCCCAAUGUCCCCAAUGUCCCCAAUGUCCCCGAUGUCCCCCUGCUGA